GCAAGGGGCUGCUGGGUGCGGUCGCGGGCGGGGCGGCGCAACCCAUCCCGGCUCCCCGCCGGCGGCUGGCCCACGGUGGGCCCGCCAUGCGUCGGGGGGCUCCCCGCCGGCCGAUUUCGCGCGACCUGACCACGGACUUCCAGCAGAAGCGCAAGCUCCACUUGACCCAGCGCCUGCAGAGCAAGCACAGCGCGUACUUCUCCAGGGUGCCGGGCAGCGAGGCCUUGAUGGGCCCGGGGAGCGAGGUCGGCGGCGGCACCGACAAGCGCGCGUGUCUGCCGCCGCAGUGGGUCGAUUUCGCGGACAAGGCCCGCGAGGAGAUUCGGGACAUCAAGUCGCAGUUGGAACAGCUGCAGAAGGCUCAGCAGCGGCGGCUACAGAAGGCGCAGACUGCCUUCUGCGCGGAGGACCGGGAGGUAGAGGUGUUGUCCGGCUCCAUCGCCACCUUGAUCCGCUGCUGCGAGCAGUCGAUACACCAGGUCCGAGCCCGCGGCGCCGGCGACGCCAUCAUGGACGAAGAGUUCCGCAAGAACAUGUCCAGCAGCUUGGCGGCGGACCUGCAGCAGCUGUCCAAGAAAUGCAGAGAGGUCCAGAAACAGUACCUGUCCGAAGUAAAGAAGAGGCAAGCCGCCGCCGCAGGCGCCGCCCAGGACCUGGAGAGCGGCGGCGCCGCCGCCUUCUCCGCAGGCGGCGCUGCCAGCAGCAGGGGCCCCGGCCACGCGCACGCCCAGGACCGUGACCUCGACGAGAUGGAGGAGAUCGCCGCGCACAGGAGCACCCAUAUCGCCCAGAUAGCCUCGUCGGUGAACGACCUUAACAUUAUUUUCAAGGACCUGGCGGCACUGGUUAUCGACCAGGGCACGAUUCUCGAUCGCAUCGACUACAACACUGAGAAGAUAUAUACGAGGUCGGAUCAGGCUAGAGGGCAGAUGCACAAGGCGGUCCAGAAGAAAAGAGCGAGCGACAGCAGGACGAUGAAGUGUUUCUUCAUGUGGUUAGCCCUCGACACGCUGGCGCUGGCGAUCCUUGUGAUUAAAUACGUUAUGAAGUAUGGCAAAUCCGCUGUGUGGGUUUUGCUGUUCAUGUUGCUGCUCAUCGGCGGCAGCAUCUUGUACUGCAGACAGAAGUGCGCAAACUUAGAUAUGUCCAAGGUGAUACCCGAAUCGUGGAAUCCGCAGAACUUGUGGAAGAAGCUGCGACCAGGGCCUGUGAACUCCGUGAAGGGCGCGCUGGCAGCCAACAGGGCCAACAGGAUGAUGCGGUGA